UUAUGAUUCGCCUUUACUCCUCACCAGACGAGCUGUCACACAGUGUUUCUCCGAGUCAGAUCCCAGUUGUGGUUUGGAACUGAAGCAGGAUUGAACACUUUGGCGAUGUCUUCCAACGGCGGGAUUCAGAUACCCAGCCGGUUGCCUUUACUAUUAACUCAUGAUGGGGUUCUUUUGCCCGGGUCUACCAUGCGAUUUAGCGUGGACUCUUCUAGAAACAUGCAGCUGGUGAAGAGCAGGCUGCUGAAGGGAACCUCACUGAAGAGCACCAUUAUAGGAGUGAUUCCUAACACCAGAGACCCGGAGCAGGACAGCGAGGAGCUCCCUUCAUUACACGGAAUUGGCACGGCAGGCCUGGCAGUCCAGGUAGUGGGCAGUAACUGGCCAAAGCCUCACUACACCCUACUUAUCACAGGUUUGUGCCGGUUCCGUGUAACCCAGUUGCUGAAGGAGAGACCGUUUCCAGUUGCUGUGGUGGAACAGCUGGAUAAGCUGGAGCAGUACACAGAGGGAGAGCAGCUGGAUGGAGAGCUGGGAGAACUUUCUAAGAAGUUUUACCAGGCUGCAGUGCAGUUGGUGGGAAUGCUGGAUAUGUCAGUGCCUGUAGUAGCGAAGCUGAGGCGGCUACUCGACAGUCUGCCCAGAGAAACCCUGCCUGACGUACUUGCUGCCAUGAUCCGCACCUCCAACACUGAGAAGCUCCAGGUGCUGAAUUCAGUAGACCUUGAGGAGCGAUUUAAGAAGACUCUCCCAAUGCUCACCAGACAGAUUGAGGGCCUGAAACUGCUGCAGAAGACUCGGAAACCCAAACCCGAUGAUGAAAAGAGGGUACUGGUUAUCCGCAAAGGUAGCGUGGUUCCUGGACGCCAGUUCUCUCUUGAGGAGGAAAAUGAGGAUGAGGAAGGUGAUGACAUGACUGUGCUGGAGAGGAAGAUGAAUGAGGCAGCAAUGCCAGAGUCUGCUCUACGUGUAUGCCUAAAAGAACUCAAGCGUCUGAAGAAGAUGCCCCAGUCCAUGCCAGAGUAUGCUCUCACCCGCAACUACCUGGAGCUCAUGGUGGAGCUGCCUUGGAGUAAGAGCACCAAGGACUGCCUGGACAUUCGGGCUGCUCGGGUGCUUCUGGACAAUGAUCACUACGCCAUGGAGAAGCUGAAGAGGCGUGUGCUGGAGUACCUGGCAGUGCGGCAGCUCAAGAGCUCCCUUAAAGGUCCUAUCCUGUGCUUUGUAGGGCCUCCAGGUGUGGGAAAAACAAGUGUGGGCCGCUCCAUCGCCCGCAUGCUGGGCAGGGAGUUCCACCGUAUCGCCCUGGGAGGAGUGUGUGAUCAGUCGGACAUCCGUGGCCAUAGGCGAACCUACGUGGGCAGCAUGCCUGGCCGCAUCAUCAACGGCCUGAAGACUGUCGGCGUCAACAAUCCUGUAUUUUUAUUGGAUGAGGUCGACAAAUUGGGCAAGAGCCUGCAGGGAGACCCCGCUGCUGCCUUGCUGGAGGUUCUAGACCCAGAGCAAAACCACAGUUUUACAGACCACUACCUCAACGUGGCCUUUGACCUCUCGCAAGUCCUCUUCAUAGCCACGGCAAACACUACAGCGACCAUCCCCCCUGCUUUGCUGGACCGAAUGGAGGUGCUGCAUGUGCCAGGAUAUACACAGGAGGAGAAAGUGGAAAUCGCUCAUCGGCACCUGAUCCCUCAUCAACUCGAGCAGCAUGGCCUCACUCCUCAGCAGCUCCAGAUCCCUCAAGACACCACACAGGAGAUCAUCAGCAAGUACACACGGGAAGCCGGUGUGCGCUCUUUGGAGAGGAAGAUUGGAGCCAUCUGUCGUGCCGUGGCUGUGAAGGUGGCAGAAGGUCAUAAGAUGUCAAGAUCAGAGUCUUCCAGUGAAUCUGGAGCAGGCCAGGAUCGAGCAGGGACAGGACAGGAUUCUCAUAUAGCAGCUCCUCCAGAGAUGCCCAUUGUCAUUGAUCACAUUGCUCUCAAAGACAUUUUGGGGCCACAGCUCUUUGAGAUGGAGGUGUCAGAGCGCCUGACUCUGCCCGGCGUGGCUAUAGGCCUGGCCUGGACUCCUCUUGGUGGAGAGAUCAUGUUUGUGGAAGCCAGUCGUAUGGAAGGCGAAGGUCAGCUUACCCUAACCGGCCAGCUGGGAGACGUUAUGAAGGAGUCAGCACAUCUGGCCAUCAGCUGGCUCCGGAGCAAUGCCAAGAACUACCAUUUAACAAACAUUGCAGGCUGUCCUGACCCUCUUGAGGGCACCGACAUCCACUUGCACUUCCCAGCGGGUGCAGUCACUAAAGACGGCCCCUCUGCCGGAGUUACUAUUGUAACAUGCCUAGCCUCUCUGUUCAGCGGACGUCUGGUGCGCUCUGAUGUGGCCAUGACAGGAGAGAUCACCCUGAGAGGCCUGGUGCUGCCAGUGGGUGGCAUAAAGGAUAAAGUCCUGGCGGCUCAUCGUGCUGGUCUUAAACGAGUCAUCCUGCCCAAACGCAACGAGAAGGACCUAGAGGAGAUUCCAGCCCACAUCCGCGCUGAACUGGAUUUCAUCCCAGCCAGUACUUUGGACGAGGUUCUUAACGCUGCCUUUGAUGGUGGAUUCCCCACUGCUCCUGUAUCACACCCACGGGUUAGCAGCAAGCUCUGAAACUGAGAAAGUACCUCCUCUCUCUCUCUCAUCUUUUUCACACAUACACACGCCUUUUUUUUUUUUUUUUUUAACUAAAAGGGGUGAAGCUCAUGGCCAAUUUGAUUAUAAACACUAUGUAAUAAUCCCAUCUAUUCUAAUAGAGAAAUAUGUUUACCAGAUUUUCAUAGUCACCUGUCUUUUCUAAUAAUUUGGCACCAAAAGCUUGCAAAGUCACUUAUUUUAAGGAUGACUAAAAUUAAACAUAAUUGUGUGUAUAUAUAUAUAUAUAUA